AUGACGCGGCCAUUCUGCAGCCGGACCUGCGGGCUGUCCGUGGGCCUCUGGUGCCUGUUUGGGGCCCUGAGCUCAGCGCUGGAGACGAGGAACGCCAGGCCCAACAUCGUGCUGCUGAUGGCGGACGACCUCGGGGUGGGCGACGUCUGCCGCUACGGCAACGACACGGUCAGCACCCCGAACGUCGACCGCCUGGCGAGUGAGGGCGUGAGGCUCACCCAGCACCUGGCAGCGGCGUCUGUGUGCACCCCGAGCAGGGCUGCCUUCCUGACCGGCCGGUGCCCCAUCAGAGCGGGCAUGGCGUCUCCCUUCAACCUGAAUCGAGCCCUCACCUGGCUCGGAGGCUCGGGCGGCCUGCCCACCAACGAAACCACGGUCGGCAAGCUGCUGCAGCAUCGCGGCUAUCGCACGGGACUCAUAGGAAAGUGGCACCUGGGGGUGAGCUGCGCGUCUCGGGACGACCACUGCUACCACCCGCUCAACCACGGCUUCGACUACUUCUACGGGCCGCCCUUCGGGCUGCUGGGCGACUGCGAGGCGUCCGGGACCGCCGAGCUGCACCGUGGGCUGCGUGUCAAGCUGUGGGUGUCCAGGGCGGCCCUGGGCCUCCUGCCCACGCUGCUGCUCCUCCCCAAGCUCGCCCGCUGGCUCUCCGUGCCGUGGAAGGUCAUCGCGGCCUUCGCCCUCCUCGCCUUCCUCUUCUUCGUGGGCUGGUAUCCCAGCUACGGCUUCACGCGGCGCUGGAACUGCAUCCUCAUGAGGAACCACGACAUCGUCCAGCAGCCGAUGCGGGAGGGGCGGGUGGCCUCGCUCAUGCUCAAGGAGGCCGUCGCCUUCAUCGACAGGUACAAACGCGGCCCCUUCCUGCUCUCCGUGUCCUUCCUGCACGUUCACACCCUGCUGAUCACCAAAGAGAAGUUUCUGGGGCACAGUAAAUACGGCCUCUAUGGAGACAAUGUUGAGGAAAUGGACUGGAUGGUGGGUCGGAUCCUGGAGGCCCUGGACCGGGGGCGCCUGGCCAAUCACACGCUGGUGUACUUCACCUCGGACAACGGGGGUCGCCUGGAGGUGCAGGAAGGCGGGGCCCGGCUGGGCGGCUCCAACGGCAUCUACAAAGGUGGCAGAGGAAUGGGCGGAUGGGAAGGGGGCAUUCGUGUCCCAGGAAUAUUCCGGUGGCCUACGGUCCUGGAGGCAGGGAAAGUGAUCGACGAACCGACGAGCCUGAUGGACAUUUAUCCGACACUGUCUUACGUAGGUGGAGGGAUUUUGCCCCAGGACAGAGUGACUGACGGCCGGAACCUAAUGCCCUUGCUGGAAGGCAGGGUGUCCCACUCGGACCAUGAGUUCCUCUUCCACUACUGUGGGGUCUACCUGCACACAGCCAGGUGGCAUCAGAAGGACUGUGCGACGGUGUGGAAGGUCCACUAUGUGACUCCCAAAUUCUCCCCGGAAGGAGCGGAUGCCUGCUAUCGAAGUGGAGUGUGUGCGUGUUCUGGUGAUGUCACCUACCACGACCCCCCCCCCACGCUCUUUGACAUCUCCAGAGACCCCUCUGAGGCCCGACCGCUCAGCCCCGACAACAAAGCGCUGUUUGACUCCGUGGUCAGGAAAAUCGAGGCGGCCAUCAAAGAGCAUCGCAGGACACUCACGCCCGUCCCCCAGCAGUUCUCUGUGUUCAACACCAUUUGGAAGCCGUGGUUGCAGCCUUGCUGUGGGACUUUCCCCUUCUGCGGCUGUGACAAGGAAGACACCAUCCUGUCUACCCCUUGGUGA